UGCAGCCGCAACAGCAGCAGCAGCAGCAGCAGCGUCUCUCCUGUCACCACCGGGACUGCCUGUCCUCAGAGGCAGUGUGUUUACAGCAAUAACCCUACAUAUACGAAGACCAACUACCAGCAGGCAAAAUGGUGAACUUCACUGUGGAUCAGAUCCGUGCCAUCAUGGACAAGAAGUCCAACAUAAGGAACAUGUCUGUGAUUGCCCACGUGGAUCAUGGGAAAUCCACUCUGACUGACUCCCUGGUGUCCAAGGCGGGGAUCAUUGCUUCUGCCCGAGCAGGAGAAACUCGCUUCACAGACACACGCAAAGAUGAGCAGGAGCGCUGUAUCACCAUUAAAUCAACGGCCAUCUCCAUGUACUACGAGCUUGAAGAGAACGACUUGGCCUUUAUCAAGCAAAGCAUAGAUGGAAACGGCUUCCUUAUCAACCUGAUUGAUUCUCCGGGUCACGUUGACUUCUCCUCUGAGGUCACUGCUGCCCUCAGGGUAACUGACGGAGCGCUGGUUGUGGUGGACUGUGUCUCAGGUGUCUGUGUGCAGACUGAGACUGUACUGCGCCAGGCCAUCGCUGAACGCAUCAAGCCCGUUCUGAUGAUGAACAAGAUGGACCGGGCCCUGCUUGAACUACAGCUGGAUACAGAUGAGCUCUUCCAGACCUUCCAGCGUAUCGUGGAGAACGUCAACGUCAUCAUCUCUACCUAUGGAGAGGAUGAGGGGGGACCCAUGGGCAAUAUCAUGAUCGACCCAGUUAUUGGUACAGUUGGGUUUGGCUCUGGUCUGCAUGGCUGGGCUUUCACCUUGAAGCAGUUUGCAGAAAUGUACGUGGCUAAGUUCACUAAAGGAGACGCUAAGCUGGGACCUCAAGAGAGGUGUAAGAAAGUGGUGGACAUGAUGAAAAAACUCUGGGGAGACAGAUAUUUUGAUCCAAAGACCGGCAAGUUCAGUAAAACUGCUGCAGGUCCUGAUGGCCAGAAACUACCUCGCACUUUCUGCCAGCUCAUUUUGGACCCCAUCUUUAAGGUGUUUGACGCCAUCAUGAAUUUCAAUAAGGAAGAGACAGCCAAAUUAAUUGAGAAGCUUGAUGUUAAACUGGACACCGACGACAAGGAGAAGGAGGGCAAACCUCUGCUCAAAGCUGUGAUGCGUCGCUGGCUUCCUGCCGGAGAGGCCCUGCUCCAAAUGAUCACCAUCCACCUGCCCUCCCCCGUCACUGCACAGAGAUACCGCUGUGAGCUGCUGUAUGAAGGGCCAGGAGAUGACGAGGCUGCCAUGGGUAUUAAGAACUGCGAUCCCAAGGCUCCUCUGGUUAUGUACAUUUCCAAGAUGGUCCCAACCACUGACAAAGGUCGUUUCUACGCAUUUGGCCGUGUGUUCUCUGGCUGUGUGUCUACUGGCCUGAAGGUUCGCAUCAUGGGUCCAAACUUUACCCCUGGCAAGAAAGAAGACCUCUAUAUCAAACCCAUCCAGAGGACCAUUCUGAUGAUGGGCCGAUAUGUGGAGCCUAUUGAAGAUGUCCCAUGUGGCAACAUCGUGGGUCUGGUUGGAGUAGACCAGUACCUGGUUAAGACAGGGACCAUUACCACAUUUGAACAGGCCCACAACAUGAGGGUGAUGAAGUUCAGUGUGAGUCCUGUCGUCAGAGUUGCUGUGGAGGCCAAGAACCCUGCAGACCUGCCCAAGCUGGUGGAAGGCCUGAAGCGCCUGGCCAAGUCUGACCCCAUGGUACAGUGCAUCAUUGAAGAGUCUGGGGAGCACAUUAUCGCGGGAGCAGGAGAGCUGCACCUGGAGAUCUGCCUGAAAGACCUGGAGGAGGACCACGCCUGCAUUCCACUGAAGAAAUCAGACCCAGUUGUGUCAUACAGAGAGACAGUAUCGGAAGAAUCAGACCAGAUGUGUCUGUCCAAAUCCCCCAACAAGCACAAUCGUCUCUUCAUGAAGUCCCGCCCGUUUCCUGACGGCCUGGCUGAAGAUAUUGAGAAGGGAGAUGUAUCUGCUCGGCAGGAGCUCAAGACUCGUGCACGUUACCUCGCAGACAAGUUUGAAUGGGAGGUGACAGAAGCCAGGAAGAUCUGGUGCUUCGGUCCAGACGGAACUGGGCCCAAUUUGCUGAUAGACGUGACAAAGGGUGUUCAGUACCUCAAUGAGAUUAAGGACAGCGUGGUGGCUGGUUUCCAGUGGGCGACAAAAGAGGGUGCACUGUGCGAGGAGAACAUGCGCGCAGUUCGCUUUGACAUUCAUGAUGUGACACUGCAUGCAGACGCCAUCCACCGUGGUGGAGGACAGAUUAUUCCCACAGCUCGUAGAGUCCUGUAUGCCUGUCAGCUAACUGCUCAGCCACGACUCAUGGAGCCUGUAUACCUGGUGGAGAUACAGUGCCCAGAGCAGGUGGUUGGUGGGAUCUAUGGUGUAUUGAACAGGAAACGUGGUCACGUGUUUGAGGAAGCCCAAGUGAUGGGAACUCCCAUGUUUAUUGUGAAAGCCUUCCUGCCUGUCAAUGAAUCAUUUGGGUUCACUGCUGACCUGCGCAGCAAUACUGGAGGUCAGGCCUUCCCUCAGUGUGUGUUCGACCACUGGCAAAUUCUCCAGGGAGAUCCCAGCGACCUCACCAGCAGACCUUUUCAGAUUGUCGCUGAUAUUAGGAAACGCAAAGGUCUGAAAGAGGGCAUUCCUGCCCUUGACAACUACUUGGACAAACUGUAAACACUGACCCCUGAUUAAAUACCAAAUCAAUCUCUAAACCCUACCCCGUGGGCACUUUAAAAUCUUUGCACAGGCUUAAAAGUACAGUACAUUGCACAAAUUGUUUGACUUUGAGUCAGGAGCAGAAAUAAAGCUUAAACUUCCAUUGUAGGCUAAUGGAAGCAACAAUGCUUAAUUUUUCAUUUCACAGCUACAGUACACCAAGUGCCUAGGGCAAGGGUUUUGGGGAACAAUUGGAGUAAAGCAGUUGUAUUAUCAAUUCUUUGUUUCUUCUAUUCCUCCACAUUACCCCCCCCCCCCCCAUUCAUCUGCCAGGAUGGGUAUGUACAGUGCACUGUGAUACUGCUGCAAUAAUGCAUAUUUAAAUGGAUCAUGGCUAGAUAACAUCAUAAAUUAUUAUACAGUGUUACAGAAGUCAAACUCUCUGGAUUGAACCUUUGUUCAGUGGAUGUAAUGAAUAAAACAUUCAACCCAUAAUAA